UAUAUAUUUAUAUAUAUACUAGGGUACAUUACUAGUCUUAGGGAAAUCCUUUAUUCAUAUGGGAGAGCCUUUCCAUUCUUAACGUUUCCUGUUCAACCGACAGGCGGGCGACUCUAAAGUCCUGGUGGGAUCCUUUCCCCGUGAGGCCAUUUCGCUCUCCUUAAAAGCCACUGGGAUGGACCACUACAUCAUUGUUCAAGGCACAAGGAAUGAUCAGAAAGAAGGACUCAAAGGGGAGGAUCAGAACGGAAGAGGACCAGGUAUAACGGUCAGAAGAACAAUGAUUGCCACGGCAGCGUCUUUAGUGGCAAUUGUUUUAAUAUGCAUCUUUAUAAAGGGUUUAUUUUCUUUUCCCAAUUUUUCAGUACAAAAGGAAGAGCCGAGCGUCGAGGACUCGAGAACUGUGUUGACGACCAAACGGAAUCUACAAAACUAAGUAGCGCAUGCACACAAAUUACGGAGGAAUGAACAACCCACCCGAAGUGACAACCUAAUAUUUCGGUCACCAUGGUCUGGUCGAUUUUUGAACGCAUGAUUAGCGUUGUGAAAAGUAGUUUGAGCAGGGUUCUUUAAGCUUCAAAUUCUGUCGUGUGAAAUACAUAUCUUAGUGGAUAAUCACCCUCUUCCAGAUGUGAGUGAAUCUCGAUAUGAUGAAUUUCUUACCCCCAGUAAAUUGCUGGCUGGACGCAAUAUAGUGCUGCACCCUCCCUGUGAAUGAAUUUGCUGAGGACGAAAUACCCUAUUGAUCUACAGUUCUAACAUGGCCGUCUUCCAAGCACUAUGGAGAAGUUUGAGAAAUAAUUGACUGAUGAUUAUUUGAAUUCGCAGAGAAAGACACUUUACUCAUGCUCCAGGAGAAACUGUCAAUAAGUAAGUCGGAUAUGCGAAGCUGAGCCUCGCCCGGCUAUGCCCAUGAGGGGAGCCCGGCCUGUGUCGACUAAUGCUGACUCGCUAACGUGUGUCAGCUGGUGCUGGCUCGGCUGUGCUUAGUUCUUACCCGCCUUGGUGCCCAGCCACAGCAAUAACCUGCAGGCGACAAUUGCAACAUCUCGCGCCUGGGCGGGGCGCGAACCGCCGACCCCUCAGAUGAAAGGCCGACACGUUAACUGUCAAUCAUUUUCAAAAUAAAGACAUUGUUCUGGUUAAUCUCGAUGGUCAUCAUACCUGUGGCCCCUAGAAAAUUGCCAGACUGUUGCAGGUCACAGGCAAAGAAUAUGGCAAUCUAGUUCAUUCAGAAGAACCGAAAGGUUGGCUGCCGAUAAAGCUGCACCGACGGCAGCAGUUGAUUGAAAACAAUCUAUUAGAUUUCUUUGUUUGUUCUUACAAAAUGUACAUGAUUGCUAUUUGGUUUGAAUAUUCCCUUUUUUGUAUGUGUUUAACCCAUUGCCGCCGGGGAAAAUGAAUAAAGAAUGGGGGAAAUGCUGUGAUAAUUUUUCAUAUUUUUUGUGAAAUGUCUCUACACAUAGAUGGCUCUGCCGUACUUGAUUUCACCUUUCCUUGAAUUGGCGGGAAAAUUUAUUUUUUUACUAGUGCUAUGAAUAUCGAUGGUGAAUUUUUUAUUAUGAACAUUAUAAUUACUAUGUUAUAAACAUUAGUAAUACAAAAAAGAUAACGUCUUUUCUUCUUUCUUUGUUGGAUUUUUUGGCUAUCAACCAGCAGCUGUGGCCAAGGUUAUUAAGCCAAUGGAUCCUAUUUAUUCUAUCAAUCUAUAUAAGGUCAUAAAACUUUGUCUCCCUAGAAAAGUGAUUACUUUAUUUAUUAUUUUUUCAUCGUUUGAUAGAAGACUUGAUGUAAAAUCUUUAUUUCUUAUUCUUAGAUCUUAUUCUUAGGUCUGUUUAUAUUGUAUGUUGGGCAUAUUAACAUAUGGUUUAGAGUUAGGAUGGUGGUGCAUUGAGGACACUGUAGAGGAAAGGUUCUUUCUAUAGUGAGGUGGGUGAUUCUGAUGGCGUUGACCCUGAGGCGGGCUAAAACCACCUCCUCCCAUCUUGCUUUCCUGUGGGAUGUAUCCCACAGUUUAUUGUUGUUUUGUGUUUGUUGUUUAUUUGAAGGCUGGUCCAUUCACUUUGCCACAGAUGUAUUUUUUGUUUUUAUAAGAGACACAAAACACCUGAGAUCUGUACGAAUUAUGUUGAUGUCCAGACCAUCAGUGGACCCGGUUAAUUUGUCAGCCUUUUCAUUGCCAUGCAUACCAGAGUGGCCUGGUACCCAUAUUAGCUUGGAUUGAUUUGGUGGCACCAUGUAACUUGUGGAUGAUAUUACCCAGCAGUUAAUUUUUAGUGGUUUCUAAGGAUUUAAUAGCUUGAAGUGAAAAGUUAAGCAAGAAAGAUCUAUGCAUGAUUCGGCAGUCUGAACUUUAGUUCACAUUCAGUCGACCAUACAGCUGCACCCACACACUCAUCUGUCUUGGAGCCGUCGGUAUAUAUAUGAAGAAAAUGAAAAUGUUUAAUAAGGAUCUCUCUGAACCUUUUGCGUAGCUCCACCUUCGCCAUGAGGCUUCCCAUGGCGCUAUAUCUGACUAAACCAGGGUAUCGAUGGUAGAGAGCUAUACCGACUUUCUCGAUGAGGUCGUAGAGUCGCGUGGCAAAGGGCCUAGUGCCUCCAUUGCCAUUAGGGUGGCUCGGGUCUCGAGCAACCUUUGCCGCAUAGGUCAGUGCUAACUGGCCGCGUCUGAGUCGGAGGGGAGGUACUCCUGACUCCACCUCAAGACGCUCGAUCCGAGUACAUUUUAGGGCUCUAACAUGCACAGCAUCCAAACCUUUCAAACUUGUUUUCGAUGCCGAGCCAGACACGAUUGACCCAUAAUCUACUUUAGACCUAAUAUCAUUAGUAAAAACUUUCUAUCAGCUCACCAUUUAUUACCAGAAAUGGACUUUAAUAAAUUUAGUGUUUUUUGACAUUUAUUCUUUAACUGACCAAUGUGGGUUUUUUCCAAUUGAGCCUACUAUCAAAGAGUAGACCAAGGAAUCUAGCAGAAUUUUGAUUAAGUAUUGGGUGGUUGUCUAGAGAUAGCCUGAUGUUCGGCCUCCUCCUAAGUGAAAAAAAAUACCCCAAUACUCUUUCUAGUGGAAAACAUAAAGCCCUCGCUGGGUUUUAAGUUGAUAUGAAUUUUUAGUUGAUAUGAAUCAUAUCGACUGCCAGUUGGAUGCGAUUUGCCGAGAAGUCUGCAUUAUUGCUGGAAUGCCAUAAUGCACAAUCAUCAGCGUACAGUGAGUAUUUAAGAUGCCGAGGAGCUGGUAAGAUGUCAUUUAUCAUGCAUAGAAAUAAUGUUGGUGACAAGACACUUCCAUGUCGGACCCCGUUUGCCUGGACAAAAAUGUCAGAAAAAGUGACAUUGUCAGAAAACAAUUUGACAGAAAAAGUUCUGUCAGAGAUGAAAUUUUGAAUAAAGCAAGGCAAGUUUCCACGUAAUUCAAAAGCAUAAAGUUUUCUGAGUAGGCCAUAUCGCCAUGUCAUGUAGGUUUUUUCUAUAUCUAAAAAUACUGAUAUGAAAUCAUCUUUUUUGGGGAAUUGCCUCUUGAAUAUGACUGUCCAGCUUUACUAGUUGAUCGAGAGUUUGGCGUCCCUUUCGGAAACCGUACUGCUCGUCAAUUAGCAAAUUACUGGACUUUAAAAAAUGCAAGAGCCUACUGUUAACAAUUCGUUCCAUAACCUUGCAUAAGCAAGGAGGUAGGAGAUGGCAUAUCUGGGAUUAUCCUCUCCUUUCAAUAUGGGAAUGAUGUGGGCGAAGUGUCAAGAUAACGUAAAAUAUUUUCGUAAAUUAAAGAAAAGGGUAAACGGGCGAGACAGGCAGUACUCGUAAUUGGCUCACUGGUAAUUUAGUACAGUGUGGCCAUCUAUGCGUAAAAACAAUUAAACAAGUAAACUCACACGGGCAUGGACGUGCGUGACAUGCCCGUCGUGAAUGGGUUAAGUUGUCUAAGGUAUUUAAUUCAAAGAUUAGUAACCAACUUGUGGGGGAAAGUGUCAGGAAUGCACUUAUUCUGCGGGAGGAAGUUCUUGUAAACCAAUAUUUGUUUCAUUAUAAAAAUUGUCGUUAAUUCCUCAAUGAAAGCUACAGUGAUAUUUUGUAACCUUUCAUGUCGGCGUCCCCCAUUUUUCUUCUUCUUUUAUUACUGUAAAUAAGAAAAUGUUAGUACCUACUUUACUUAUGCAGCGUGACAGCGUGUCGUUAUAUGUUUAGAUGUAGAAUAUACUUACGGCAGUUUGCGCAUGUGCAUGUGCACACGGAGACACACAUGGUGUUUGUGUGCGUUUGUUUCGUGCAUGGGUGUGUGUCUCCUUCGAGCAUGCUUUUAUAAGUAUUAUGUCCAAAUAACCACACGUCAAUCAGUUAAAACAGCUGAAUAUGAAAGGCUACGAUUGCUGACUGUCAUCUUGCCUAUGCAGCCGCGUUAUAUGUAGAUUUAAUACUGUUUUACUUUCAUUAAUAUUGAAUAUAUUUCACUGUAUUAAUUAUUUUUUAUUUGCAUGUAUUUCAUCAUCUUAUUGUUUAUUGACUAAAUAACCCUUUGUACAUACUGAGAAAAUAUAUUUGUUAUUCAUCUGUA